CCCACAUUGCCGGGUGGCCUUCCCUGUCUGACCCCAGCUGAGGAGGAACGUGGCCCACGCCAACCUGGCGGAGCAGCUCAGAGUUGGAGACGGGAUGGCUACGGCCGUCGUGUGUAACAUCUGUGUUGACGGCCAGACUCCUGCAGUGAAGACCUGCGCGAAAUGCGAGACAUCCUACUGUGCAGCACACUUGAGGCCUCACUUGGAGAAUCCCAGGCUAAGUGACCAUGUCCUGGUGGCUCCCAUCGUGAACCUGGAUGUGCGAAGAUGCCAGCAGCACAGACAGGAGCUCAUUCUUUACUGUGAACAGGAUAGCAGCCUGAUCUGCACAGGCUGCACCAUCUCUGGGGAACAUAGAGGGCAUGAGGUCAUUCCAGUAGAAAAUGCACAACAGACAAAGCAGGAGGUGUUCAGACUCGAGAAGAUGGUCAGAGAGGAGAAGAAGAAUACGGCAGCAUCACGGACACAGCAGCUCAGGGGCGCUUACCAGCGUGUGCAGGAUUCUCUACGUGGGACCAAGGAGCGGAUCAGCCGAGAAUUUAAGCGCAGGAGGGAGCAGCUGGGGGAGGAGGAGAGGGAGGCGCUGGAGCGCGUGGACGAGGAGGGCCGCUCUGUGCUGUCCCGCAUCCAGGCGGACAUCGCUCGCUACGAAAGCAGAACACGGGACCUGGAGCAGGAGAUCAGUCAGCUGCUCGCCGCCCUCAGCGAGCAGGACCCGCUUUCCUUCCUGCAGGAUCCCGUGCAUGAGAAUCUCAGAAGCUCGAACUCGCCGGGGAUCCAGGAUGGCCCUCCUCCCACAUUCAGUCACCAAGAGCUCACAGAGGUCAUCUCUCUAGGAGGAGUGAAUACAAAUCUCAUGGCUCUCGUGUAUGGAUGCUCACCGACUCUGGACACAAACUCAGCCCACGACAAACUCCAGAUUUCCUCGGAUCUCAGAACGGUGACAUGGAGCGACAUCUCCCAGGGUCGCCCCCACCACCCACACCGGUUUGAUUGGUAUCCACAAGCCCUGUGCUCUGAGAGCUUCUCAUCGGGUCAGCACUAUUGGGAGGUGGACGUGGGGAGUGUGGAGUCAUGGUGUCGCAUUGGAGUCGCGUACGGGACGAUCCCACGGAGUGGGGGUGGUGCUGAGUGCAGCCUGGGAGGGAGUGACGACUCCUGGAGUCUACAGAAACGUAACAACAGCUUCUUCGUGUGGCAUGGCGGAGUGAAGAUCUCGCUGUCGCUGCCAGAGCCUCCACGGAGAGUCGGGGUUCAUCUGGACUGGGACGCGGGCCUCCUGUCGUUUUACAACGCCGACUCCAUGAUGCUGUUACACUCGGUUCGCCAAACCUUCGCUCAGCCCCUACAGCCUGGACUGUGGGUGGGGGUUGGUAGCACAGUGACGAUUAUGGAUCUGAGUCGUGCGUCCUGAGAGAGGUUAACAUUAACGCCGUAGAGAGCAGACACCACGACGCACGGCGCUCGCCACCCUCAUCACCGUUACACGCAGUGCCAUGCCCCUGGAUGUCAGUGGUUAGGAGUGCCUAGGGUCUGCCUUAGAAUGUGGGUGAGUGUGAAUUCCUCCCAACCUUCUGGAACAGGGAUUGGCAACCAAAAUAACAAGAAAAAACAUUUUUUUACGAAUUUGGUAAAAAAAACACUUUCAGGAGCCACAAUGCACGUGAUAAAUACGAAACGGUGGUCCUUAAUAAAUAACGUCAAGAAGCAGUGCUUGAAGAGGCGCAUGCAGCUCCAGAGUCGCAGGUUGCUGACCCCUGUUCUAAAGGGUGAUAAAAAUAACAACCACCCUAUGUGGCGCGAAAAUAGAUGUAUUCACCCUGCCAGAGGAGUGUGAUUAUAGUGUAGGGGUGCAAUUAUAUCAAUGGUGAACUAGGAUGUGCUUAAUGCAUUGUGGGAGAAAUACAAUCACAAUAUACAUUUUAAUAGAAAUAAAUGUACACGUACUAAAAUAGCAUUGUAAUGCUUGUAUCGUUAAUACUCAAAUAAAAAUAUGAAACACAAAUAAUAAUUUCGUUUUAUGUAGCGUUAUUCAUGCUCAUUUCUUCCCACAACGCUGCGCAUUAAAUAUGACGACCAAAUACUACAUUCAGCAACUACCAAACAAAGUCAAUAUAAAAAUGAAUAAGCAGAGAAAUGUCACCAAAACAAAAGCACUAACUACAACAAUCUUACUAUUUUCGACUUCUAAUAAAAAAAACCUUUAUUAUGAAUAAUAUUGG